AUGAUGGCUGACGGUUACGAACGUUGUCUUCUGCUCAAAUCUGAAGUAUUCGUCUUCAGAAUCCCACCAUUGGGCGCAAACAAAGGACACAAGUAAGGUUUCUGUCGGUUUUUUGAUUGUUUUACGUUUAGAGCCGCGGAUUGGAACUUGGAUCAGCCGAAUUGGGUGGGAAGAUUGAGGUUAUUGACAGUUGAUGAUAAGCUCGAGAUUCGAUUAGAAGACAAAACUACGGGUGAGGGUUUUGAAGCGAUGAAUGUUGCGUUAUAGACCUUUUAGUAGAUUCUUUCACUUCUUUUAAAUUCUUCUUGAUUUUAAAAAACAUAUAAGCUAAAUUUUAAGGUGUGUUAUAUGCCAAAGCUCCUAUUGAAUCAGCGCCAAGUGUGGAUUUUGAACCAGUAACAGAUUCGUCGCGGUAUUUUGUUGUAAGGCUUCGAAAUGAUAAUGGACAAACAGCUUUCGUUGGUAUUGGAUUUGGUGAUCGAAGUGACUCAUUUGAUCUCAACGUAGCUGUUCAGGAUCAUUUUAAAGGUAUUCAGAGAGAUAGCGAGUUGGCUAAAGAAGAUGAAUCAAGGCCAAAACUGGACUUGGGCUUCAAAGAAGGACAAACUAUCAAUAUUAAUAUUGGGGUAAGCGCUUUUUGUUAUUACUUUUUAGUGACUUGAACGAAUAUGCUGAAACUUGGCAAUGAUUUAUAGCAGGUACUGUAUAAUUUUAUUAUAAAAUACGGCUUUUAAUAAGUGAAAGAUCGUUGAGAAGUUUGGCGUUUAAAGAACACUACAACGUUAUGACAUCUAAAUCAAUUUAGGGACUAAAAAAGUCUGAAAAAUCCACUCCCCGAUCAACAGGUGUAUCAUCAGGAGACGCUCCAGUGCCAUUCUUACCUCCACCGCCAUCUUCUUCGAGUCGUGUACGACGUACUCAGAACUGA